AUGACGUCGGCUGGUCUUUUGGUCUUCUGCUCGGUACUCACCAGGACAUUAUGCGUUAUUGCUCCACAGAUACCAGAUUUCAAAACCGGUGACAAGAAGAUCAUCAACGGUCCCUUCUGGCACGAAGUCUUCACGGAGACUUACGAAGACCACGAUGAUGACCCGUCUACUACUACUUCGGAACCGCUCCCUUUCUUCGAAGAUGAUGCUUCUACUAAUAAUGUGACGGCUCAGCUUGGGUCGAGAGUGCACCUACACUGUCGAGUUCAUGAUUUGGGGGAGAAGACGAUAUCCUGGGUACGUCGCCGCGGCGAAGAACUUCACCUCCUAUCCUUCGGCCGUCACACUUAUUCAGCUGACUCCCGCUAUUCCUUAGCCUUUGAACAUCCCAACGAUUGGAGACUCCUCAUCCAGUACGUCAGUGAAAGAGAUGAGGGGUUCUACGAGUGUCAGAUUUCUACGCACCCUCCUUUAGUUAGGAGGGUCCAUCUUAGUGUUGUUGUGCCAAAAGUGGAGAUCGUCGACGAAAGAGGCCGGCCACUACAGGACAAAUUCUAUAAAGAAGGGUCCAUCAUAGAACUGCGUUGUGUGGUCAGCGAAGUACCACAGCCAACCAGACAGGUCAACUGGAAGCAUGGAACGAGAUUGCUCAACUAUGACACUAAGAGAGGUGGUGUGAGCGUGAAGACAGAAGCGACAUCCAACGGUGCUCUCUCUCGGUUGUACAUAGCGAACGCCAAUAGAAACGACUCGGGAAACUACACGUGUUCGUUGGCAGACGUCGCGGCCUCUGCUGUUUCUGUGCACGUGUUAAGAGGCGAAAACCCGCUAGCGAUGCAAAGGGGCGGCGCAGCGGGCUGUUCCGAUUCAUUGCUGGCUCUCCUCGCGGCUUUCAUCAGCUGA